AUGUUAAACCAAUCCUCCACGUGGGUACCUCUUGUUAUACUUAAAUUAAAAUCCAUUCUAGAAAAUUUAGAAAAACGCGGUGACAUCACUAAAGUGGAGAUACAUACAGAAGAAGUAAUAAUUCAUCCUUGGUCUUACGACAGCAUAAACAAAUGGCCUAAACAAUGCCUUACAGGAAAAAAACAGAGCCCCAUUAACAUAAACUCCAAAAUGGUUACCAAAAAGUAUUUCCCUGCAUUUGAAUUUAAUAUUACCAAAUACUCUCAAACUGGCAUAAUUCAAAAUAAUGGGCAUACUGUAAAUGUAGCCUUUUCGCAUCCAGAAACUGUUAUAAUAAAUGGUGGAGGUUUGCCAGGCGUAAAUUAUAGACUCGAAAAUUUUAAUUUUCAUUGGGGUUCUGAGCAUACGGUUGACCAAGAAAGAUUACCUUUGGAGCUACAUUUCGUUUUAUACGAAACCAAAUAUGCAGGUCUAAAAAACGCAUUGGAAAAUAAUGGUGUGGUGGUUUUCAGUGUAUUAGUUCAAACGUGCUUAGAUUGCUAUGCUCAAAACUCAUGGUCAACCAUUGAAAAACAGAUAAGUGAAAUUGUUUACCCUGGAUUGGGUUGGGUACCAUUACCAAACGAAAUUAGAAUAAACGAGUUUUUACCUUUAAAUCUGGGAAAUUUUUAUAGAUACGAGGGUUCACUUACAACUCCUAACUGCAAUGAAGGUAUUGUGUGGACUGUUUUUAGAGAUACGAUAUGUAUACCUCCAAAUCAAUUACAGGCUAUAACCCGGAUUCAAGGAAAUGAUGGAGCAAAUCUAAACACCACAUUUAGGCCUGUGCAACCAUUAAAUGGAAGACAAGUGACCUAUCAAUAA